GGGCGAAGCUGAGACCGUAGAGGAGCUGCUGCGCCUGCUCCCGGAGCGGUGACGGGAAGGACUGAGAAACCAACCCCAAGUGCCCCCACCAGCCCCGGAGCCCCGGUGUUCAAGAUGUCAUUGAAGGUGCAGACGAGCAACAUCACGAACAAGAAUGACCCCAAGUCCAUCAACUCCAGAGUCUUCAUUGGCAAUCUCAACACAGCCGUGGUCAAGAAGUCUGACGUGGAGACCAUCUUCUCCAAGUACGGCCGCGUGGUGGGCUGCUCCGUUCACAAGGGCUAUGCCUUUGUACAGUACUCCAACGAGAGGCACGCGCGGGCUGCUGUCCUGGGCGAGAACGGACGCGUGCUUGCUGGCCAGACACUGGAUAUCAACAUGGCCGGGGAACCUAAACCCAACAGACCUAAAGGGCUGAAGAGAGCAGCCUCCGCGUUGUACAGCGGCUACGACUUCGACUAUGACUAUUACAGAGACGACUUCUACGACAGGCUCUUCGAGUACCGGGGCCGGGUCUCUCCGGUGCCCAGGGUGGUUCCUGUGAAGCGGCCGCGGGUCACCAUCCCCUUGGUCCGGCGCGUGAAGGCAACGCUCCCCGUCAAGCUCUUCGCCAGAUCGGCCGCCAUCGCCAACAGCUCGGCCAAGUUGAAGCUGAAGUGCAGUGAGCUGCAAACAAUCAAAACGGAGCUGACACAGAUAAAAUCCAACAUUGAUGCUCUGCUGGGCCGACUGGAGCAGAUCGCUGAGGAACAGAAGCUGUCUGCAGAGGUACGGAAGAAGGCGGACGGCAGCAAAAGUGAAAUCUCGCAGGAGGACACGGCAUCAGAGGCAGAGGUCAACACGGAGGAGCCACUGAACGGGGACGAGGGUGAGGAAGAGGGUCUGGCACGGGACGAGUGUGAAGAUGAACUGGAGAACAGCCAUUACACAGAUGUGGAGGAUGCCAGACUACAGUAACCAGCCCAUUCAGAACAGCAGUGAGCAAGAGUGUGAGGAAAGCACGAGGCUAAACCCUGUCCUGGCACGUUGAGCAAGACAAGCUGAAUCGAAGUGCUGCUGUCAUCUCUACCUUGGCAUUCAAAAGGAGAAACAUGGCCCGACAUCUUCCACCCAUCUGUAAAGCAAAGACAAAGACAAACUCAUCACCCCAGUGAGUCCCCACCACCCUGUGCAGUGGAUUUGGAGCUCUGCAGCCAGCGGAGGUGGGAACCCAACCCUGCAUAUCUAUAACCAUCACUGACUGGAGAACGGGAGAGCAGUUGUGUCACCAACGGGUCAGAGAUGUUCUAAAGCUUUCUGUAGGAGGGAGAACUAAGCCUAACCCAAUAAAGACGUUUUUCCCCACGCUGGGUGAGAGCCGGAGCAUUUGCUAACUGGAGGGAGAAGUACUGUCUCAGUUUGGACAAUUUGUGUUCUCACACUAAAGGUGGUGUUGAGGAAGUGGGUGUGGGGUGACCUGUCCUCCCAGAAUGGUCACCUCCUGCCGUGUCUCCUUUGCCCCACGCGCUGCCACGGGUACAUGGUCACUUCCCGCUGGAAAGGAGUCGGUGCUGGAGCUGGUGCUGUGCUCCUUGCAUCUGCUUGAGGAGAGGGGAAGGGGAAAGGAAGCUGCCUGCAGGAAAAAAGUGAUCCCAAGCAGGAGAAACAAAGCAUCCAUCAUUUUCAAGGGUUUGGUCUCCUCGUUCUCCACUGAGAAACCAUGGUGGAAAGGCUGAGCAUGUCUCCACAGUGUAAGGGGGGGGGUGCAAACGCAUGGAUGAGACCCUUUUCUUGGACCCGCUGCUCCCUGGAAGGGAGGAAUCCACCUGCUUCUCCAGCCCAGCGCCAGAGACAUCAGCCCCUUCCCCAGGGUGCUCACAUCUGCUCUUGCUCCGGCUUCUCUGGGUCUUCCCAGGCAGGAAGGAGAGCGGUGGGACAGCUCCUGCUCCCGCUCCUGACCGUAAGGGCUGUUGCUCCAUCACCAGCCUGAGGGGUCCGUGCAGCCUGACAGCUUGUCUGAGUGUGACGAGACCAGAAACGGUGAAUACCCCAAGCACGAUGCAUGUGGGCGUGCAAGCACCUCCCCUGCCUACCCAAAUUCAAGCUGCUUUUGACCCACGGCACGUCCUGCAGGCAGAGGCCAGCUUGUCGGGGGAACCCCCUUACACCGCAGCACCCAAGAGGUCUCUCAGCCUUUUAUCUUCUCGUUCCUUCCUCCUUCGUGGGCUUAUCCUGGUUUUUUCCUUAGUUCGGGGGUAGGUGGGACUGAAUCUCACGCAGCACUUUAUUCACAUCAGAUGUGUCCUGCCCGUCUCCCCUGUUCUCCUCCAAAAAAACACACACACACACACACCAGUGCUUUGAAUCCAGACUGGUGUCCACAGCUUCUCCUUGGUCAAACCCUCCCACAAAACGCGUGGCCCCCUCCCCAGGUUGUAGAGAGUGCUCUGAAAGGGGGGUCCUGCUCUCUGCCCCAGUGCUCAAAGCCAGACCUCAUCCACGGCAUCCCUCUUGGAACGGCGAAGGGGAAAACAGGUCCCGGGGGGGCCACGCUUCCCUCCCCCGAGGGCCAUCCUGGAGCAAGCAUGGCUCUUGAAGCACAAUGUUUUAUUUGCAUAUUUCUUAGUUUCAGAUACUUCACGAGGGAUUCAAGGGAUAACCGUGCUUUCCCCUCCCCUUUUCCGGUUCCUGUACAAUUGAUCCAUUGUGUUGUACUGAGCCGUCGUAGAGCUGUUUUCUAGGCUUUGAGAGAUGAGCUGCAGUUUUUGCUAUGAACUGACUGUGAUGCUGAUGUUUGGGAGAAAGGUGACCUUGUACAUACAAUCCUGUAUAAUAAAAGAAAGAAAUCUAA